AUGGGAUUUGGAGUACCUUUGAUAGUAUUGUCCUCCUUAGGACUGGUGCUAACCGUUCCAUUGUUCGUAUGGCACGGAAUGAGUAGAAACAUUCCUGCCUUAAGUUUGAUUGUGUGGUUAUUUCUUAUGAAUUUGGAAAUUUUAGUCAGUGCUUCCAUAUGGUCGUGGGGUAAUUUUAUGACUGUUUUUGAUGGCUAUGGAUGGUGUGAUGUGAUGAUAAAACUACACACAGGUGCUGUUCCGGGAAUUUUAUCCUGUGUUGCUGCCAUUUGUUUUAAUUUAUGGGUCGUCUUGAGUGGAUCUGAGUUCACUUCCAGGUGGAUGUCCAUGUCAACAAAGAAGAAGAUAGCCAUUGACUUGGUCAGCUGCUGGACUCUGCCAGUAGUCUUGAUCGGUCUGAGCUACAUUGUUCAGGUAUUUAGGUUUUUUGUGCUUAAGUACUCAGGUUGUGUUGCAGUUGUUGCCCAGUCGUACGUUACCAUAUUGAUAUACUCCGUGUGGUUAGUCAUAGCUUCUUUAUUUGCCUCUGUUUUUGCAGGGUUGACGUUGUACCAGUUUUUCAUGAGGAGGAAAGAUGCCUCUGAUUUAAUGAAGUGCUCAAACUCAGGAUUAACUCUUCGACGGUUCUGUCGUUUAUUGGUGUUUUGCAUCAUGGUGAUACUGAUAAUGCUGCCCGUUUCCAUUUACACUUUUGUUGUGGACGUGCGAUAUGCGCUUCCCCAUUUUAGCUGGUCGGAGAUUCAUGAUCCAGACCUUUGGAUUGGGCUGGUGAUACCGGAUGACUCUGUGAAACCAAUAUACGAUCGAUGGAUCUAUCCACUGUUGACGUUUGCGACUUUCCUUAUUUUUGGGCUGGGAACUGAAGCCGUAUCGAUGUACAAACGGGUACUUGUUUUCCUAGGAAUCCAUGGCCUUUACAGGAAAGUCGUCAGAAAGAAUCUUGAAGAGGAGUACAAAGAACAAUUCUCAGAUCAAGAACGAACAGAAAUAGCAAGUUCACACUUUACAAAGUACGAAGACACCGGGAAGUCCAAUUUAAUAUGUGGAUCGUCUCACUUUGAAGAUGAUGAAAAGAGUCUUGGUUCUAUCAACAUGAACUACAUCCUGAGGUCCCCAGAUGAUAAAGUGUGA